CAGAGACAGAGAGAUGUCCCGGGGCGACGAAAAUGUCGAACAAAGAGCAAACCCAAAACCAAACAUCCCAUGGAAGUUGAAGCUCUUCACGGGAGCAUUUUCGGGGAUCCUCAACGCCUCAUUCCGCCUCAACGUGAGCGUCAACCGUCGCCUCCUCAACUUCAUCGACUUCAAAGUCCCUCCCUCUCCCUCUCCCAAUCCCCCUCAUGGCGUUGCCUCCUCCGACACCACCGUUGACUCUUCUCGCAACCUCUGGUUCCGCCUCUACGACCCCACCCCCACUGGCGGCGAACCAAACGACGUCGUCCGCAUGCCCGUCAUCGUUUUCUUCCACGGUGGCGGCUUCGUCUUCGGCAACGCCAACUCGAAUUGGGUGGAUAAACAGGCGCGACAGCUCGCCCGAGAACUCCGCGCCAUCGUCGUCUCCGUCAACUACCGGCUCGCGCCGGAGCAUAGGUUCCCGUGCCAGUACGAAGACGGGUUCGACGCGCUGCGAUUCAUCGACGAAAUGGACGGACGCGACAUGCCGGCAAAUGCUGAUCUUAACCGUUGCUUUCUAGCCGGAGAGAGUGCCGGAGGGAACCUGGCCCACCACGUAGCGGUCAGAGCCGGCGAGUACGGGUUCAAGAGGGUGAAGCUCCUCGGGCUCAUAGCAGUACAACCGUUUUUCGGUGGGGAGGAGCGGGUCGAGUCCGAGAUUCGAUUUUCCCGCGGCCCGAUUUUGAGUCUGGACAUGACGGACUGGUUCUGGAGAGCUUUUUUGCCAGGCGGGUCGGUCAGGAACCACCCGGGGGCGAAUGUGUUCGGGUCGAAAGCGGAUGAAAUCUCUAGCGUGAGGUUCCCGUCUACGCUUGUUUUCACUGGAGGGUUCGACCCGUUACGUGAUUGGGACAUGAGGUACUACGAGGGGCUGAAAAGAUCCGGAAAAGAAGUAUUCCUGGUGGAUUAUCCGAAUGCGGCCCACGGGUUCUGGAGCCUGGGCGUGAGACCCGAAUGUCGUUUGUUUAUAGAGGAAAUGAGGGAGUUCAUGCAAAAGCAAAUGGACAAAUGAAACGAGGUACUAGCCUGACGCGUGUGAGCAACAAGGUUCAAAUAAUUUUCAUUAUCAUUUCUGCACGUGUGAACAUGCGUUUAUUUUCUUAAAUCGUUUUAAGAGGAAAUAAUUUUAGGUUUUACGUAAGAAUAGAUAUUAUUGUAUAAUGAUAUAAUUAAUAGCUUGAAACAUAUCACUCAUUCCCUCCUCGCGUGCUUAACAACUACAUUGGAAUCCUACGGGGUUGAGCGUGACAUGGUGUGCCUGAUCAGUUGGGUCCAAGGCGGAACCAGAAGCUAGCGGUGUCAAAUCAUAUUAUAAUAUAUAUAUUUGAUUAAAUUAUCUUUUCUAUAUGA